AGACCCUAAUAUAUAACAUAAAAUAUCCCUACUUUUUAACGACCACAUUCAUUUUCAACCAACAAAGGGGAACUCGCUUCCACACUCAAAAGAGAAAGGUUUUGAUGUAUGUGUGGUGGGGGUAAUGGGGAAAGGGAGGCCUAGGGCUGUGGAGAAGGGCGUGCUAGGACAAAAUGGUGGUGUUUCGUUACCUGAGUCAUUGAAUAUACCAUCUGGGCCUGUGUAUUACCCAACUGAGGAUGAAUUUAGGGACCCUUUGGAGUAUAUAUAUAGGAUCAGGCCAGAGGCUGAGAGAUAUGGGAUUUGUAGGAUAGUUCCGCCAAAGAGUUGGAAGCCCCCAUUUGCGUUGAAUUGGGAUUCGUUUACGUUUCCAACGAAAACCCAGGCUAUUCACCAGUUGCAGGCGCGGCCGGCCGCGUGUGACUCCAAGACUUUCGAAUUGGAAUACAGUAGGUUUUUGGAGAAUCAUUGUGGGAAGAAGUUGAGGAAGAAGGUGGUGUUUGAGGGGGAGGAGUUGGAUUUGUGUAAAUUGUUUAAUGGGGUGAAGCGGUAUGGUGGGUACGAUAAGGUUGUGAAGGAGAAGAAGUGGGGGGCGGUUUCGCGGUUUGUGAGGUCGGCGAGGAAGAUAUCAGAGUGUGCUAAGCAUGUGUUGUGUCAGUUGUAUCGAGAGCAUUUGUAUGAUUAUGAGAAUUAUUACAAUCGGUUGAAUCAAAAGGCUGGUAGUGGGUAUAAGAGAGGAUUGCAUGAGAAGGGGAAGAGUGAACAUGAGGCUGAAUUUUCGGGCUCAAAAAGGAGACGUAGAAAUAAUGGCAGUGAUAAAGUUAAGGUUUGUAAGGUAGAGGAGGAAGAGCGUGAUCAGAUAUGCGAACAAUGUAGAAGUGGACUGCAUGGGGAAGUGAUGCUUCUGUGUGAUAGGUGUAAUAAGGGGUGGCAUAUUUAUUGUCUUUCCCCACCUUUAAAUCAAGUUCCACCGGGUAAUUGGUAUUGCUUAGAGUGCUUGAAUUCUGACGAGGAUUGCUUUGGUUUUGUGCCUGGUAAACGGUACUCAUUGGAAGCUUUUAGGCGUGUAGCUGAUCGUGCCAAAAAGAGAUGGUUUGGGUCAGUAUCUGCAUCACGGGUGCAAAUAGAGAAAAAGUUCUGGGAAAUUGUGGAGGGAUUGGUGGGUGAGGUUGAAGUUAUGUAUGGUAGUGACUUGGAUACCUCUGUUUAUGGGAGUGGUUUUCCACGUGCAAAUGACCAGAGACCACAAACAGUUGAAGCUAAGGUUUGGGAUGAAUACUGUGAUAGUCCCUGGAAUAUUAAUAACUUGCCCAAAUUGGAAGGGUCAAUGCUUCGUGCUGUUCAUCAAAACAUUACUGGCGUUAUGGUGCCCUGGCUGUAUAUGGGGAUGCUAUUUUCGGCUUUUUGCUGGCAUUUUGAAGAUCACUGUUUGUACUCGAUGAAUUAUCUACACUGGGGAGAGCCAAAAUGCUGGUACAGUGUCCCUGGUAGUGAAGCCCGUGCUUUUGAAAAGGUCAUGCAGAAGAGUCUUCCUGAUCUUUUUGAUGCACAACCAGAUCUACUCUUCCAGCUUGUCACCAUGUUGAACCCAUCUGUCUUGCAAGAACAUGGAGUUCCUGUCUAUAGCAUAUUACAGGAGCCUGGGAAUUUUGUCAUCACCUUCCCUAGAUCAUACCAUGGAGGUUUCAACCUUGGUUUAAAUUGUGCAGAGGCUGUCAAUUUUGCUCCUGCUGACUGGCUGCCUCAUGGUGGCAUUGGAGCAGAGCGGUAUCAGCAGUAUCACAAAGCUGCUGUUCUUUCUCAUGAGGAGCUUCUUUGCGUUGUAGCCAAGAAUGACUGCAGUAGCCGAGUAUCACCUUAUCUGAAGAAAGAACUGCUUAGAAUAUAUGAUAAAGAGAAAAAUUGGAGAGAGCAACUUUGGAAAAAUGGCAUCAUAAAGUCAUCUCCCAUGUCCCCUCGGAAACAUCCUGAAUAUGUGGGUACUGAAGAGGAUCCAACAUGUAUUAUAUGCAAGCAGUAUCUCUAUCUUUCUGCUGUUGUUUGCCACUGUAGGCCGUCUGCUUUUGUAUGUCUGGAGCACUGGGAACGCCUCUGCGAAUGCAAAUCCAAUAAACUGUGUCUUCUUUAUCGUCACACACUCGCAGAAUUGUAUGACUUGGUGCUUACAGUUGAUAAAUAUAGUUGUGAAGACAUGGAAGGAAGUAGAAGUAUAAGGAAGCAAACAUCACGUUCCAGUGAACUAAAUGCUGUCACUAAAAAGGUCAAAGGUGGCCAUGCUACUCUGGAUCAGCUUGCAGCCCAGUGGCUUUUGCAGUCGUGCAAGAUUUUUCAGAAUCCAUUUUCAAGUGAAGCCUAUGCUGCUGUGUUGAAGGAAGCUGAACAGUUUCUUUGGGCUGGUUCUGAAAUGGAUCCUGUGCGAGACAUGGUAAAGAAAUUGAUUGAAGCUCAUAAAUGGGCAGAAGGCAUAAGAGAUUGUCUAUCUAAAGUUGAAAACUGGUCGCGUCAUUUUGGUGGGGAUCUAGAGAAAAUUCACUAUGAAUAUGUCAAUGAGUUACUGAGUAUCAACCCUGUGCCCUGUAACGAGGCUAGGCAUCUCAAAUUGAAGGAGUAUGUGACAGAGGCAAGCCUGUUGAUUCGGGAAAUUGAUAAUGCUCUAUCAACAUGCUCAAAAAUUUCUGAGUUGGAAUCCUUGUACUCCAGAGCUUGUGGCUUACCAAUUUAUGUAAAAGAGAGUGAGCAGUUAUCACUGAAAAUUUCUUCUGUAAAGGUCUGGAUAGAAAGCGUACAGAAAUGCAUCUCUGAGAAACGUCCUGCCACAGUCGAGGUUGAUAUUAUUCACAAGUUAAAGUCAGAGAUUUUGGAGAUUCAAGUUCAACUCCCAGAGAAGGAAAUGCUUUUGGAUUUAUUAAGGCAAGCUGAACUGUGUCGUGCUCAGUGUGCUGAGAUUUUGAAAGGUCCUAUCAGUCUAAAGAAUCUCGAAGUGCUUCUUCAAGAAUUGAAUAGUUGUACUGUUAACAUACCGGAGUUGAAGCUUCUGAGGCAGUAUCACGCUGCUGCACUUUUGUGGAUCUCCCGGUUUAAUGAUGUUCUGGUGAACAUUAAUGAACGGGAGGAUUAUCACAAUGUAGUUGAUGAAUUAAAUAGCAUUCUCACAGAUGGAGAAUCUUUAAGAAUUCAAGUUGAUGAAUUGCCUCUAGCCAAGGUUGAGUUGAAGAAGGCCUGUUGCAGGGAAAAGGCUAUUAAGGCAUGCCAUACUAAAAUGUCUCUGGACUUCAUUCAGCAACUGAUGAUGGAGGCUGCAGUGCUUCAGAUUGAGAGACAGAAAUUAUUUGUUGAUAUGACUGGAGUACUUGCUGCUGCUGUACAUUGGGAAGAAAGAGCAAAAGAUGUUCUUGCACAUGAGGCUCCAAUGUGCGACUUUGAGGAUGUCAUAAGGGCUUCAGAGGACAUAUUUGUGAUUCUGCCUUCUCUUAAUGAUAUCAAAGAUAUAGUAUUAAUAGCCAAGUCCUGGUUAAAGAAGUCAAAACCCUUUUUAAUGUCUGCUUCGUCUUCAGCUCCUGACUCAAGUUCUUUACUCGAAGUGAAGACCUUGAAGGAUUUAGUUUCUCAGUCGAAGAUUCUGAAGAUAUCUUUGGAAGAAAGCAGGGUGCUAGAAACAGUUUUGAAGAACUGCGAGGAGUGGGAGCAUGAAGCACGUUCUCUUCUGCAAGAUGCUGGAUGCAUAUUUGGUUUGAGUAAUAUAGGCGAUUGUCUUAUUUCCAAAAUGGAAUGUAUAAUUUCUACAAUGGAAUCUGUCACAAAAAGUGGUUUAUCUCUUGGUUUCGACUUUCGUGAGAUUCCAGAGCUUCAAGGUGACUGUUCUGCUCUGCAGUGGUGCAAGAAGGCCCUUUCUUUCUGCUCUGGUGCUCCUUCUUUGGAGGAUGUUGAGAACCUGGUGAAGGAUGCAGAGCAACUUCCCCAUGAACGUGCGUCUGGUCCCUUAUGCAGGUCGUUGAUUGAUGGGAUUGGAUGGCUUAAGCAAGCCUCAGAGGCAAUCUCUGUGUCACACUUUAGUUUCAAAAGAUGCAAGUUAAGUGAUGCUGAAAAAGUUCUUGCAGAGUCUCAGAGUUUUGAUGUCUCCUUUCCGGUGAUGGUUGGUCAACUUGAAAAUGCUAUCCAUAAACAUAAGCUGUGGCGAGAACAAGUGCAUCAGUUUUUCAAUCGAAAAUAUGAGGAUCGAUCUUGGUCUCUGAUGUUAGAGCUCAAGGAACUAGGAAGUGCUGAUGCUUUCAGUUGCUCAGAACUUGAUAUGCUUUUAUCUAAAGUUGAAAAGGUUGAGAAGUGGAUGAAGCGCUGCAUCGAUGUUUUAGGGACUUCAAUUGGUGAUAAGAACUCUUUGCUUGAUGCUUUACGAAAGAUAAAACAGACUCUAGAUAGAUCUUUGUACAUGUAUGACAAGUCACGUGUUUGUGAAGUGGGAAAUUUAUGUGUCUGCUGCUCCAGUGAUACUGAGAACCUGGGGUUUCUUACUUGUUCAACGUGCAUGGACUGCUAUCAUUUGCGGUGCCUAGGACCAAUGGCAACAAAUUCAAAUCAUGGAGAAGUUUAUAUAUGUCCUUAUUGCCAAUUUUUGGAGGGCGGAUCAAUUUGUCAAAAUAAAGGCGGUCCUCUGAGAUUUGGAGGGAAGCGUCCUGAAUUACAAGUGCUUGUUGAACUUCUAUCUGAUGCUGAAGAUUUCUUUUUAUGGAUUGAGGAAAGAGAUGCAUUGAAACAACUUGUGGAUCAAGCUUUGGCAUGCAGAACUUGUUUGACGGAAAUUCUUGAUUUUGCUUUAGCUUAUUUUGAUAAAGAUCUCAGCAUUGUCUCUGAAAAGCUAACUACUGCUAUUAAGGCCAUUGAAGUGGCAGGUCUGUAUGAUCAUCAAGGUAAUUGCAACCUUGAUCUGGCAUUUGCAAGAUACUCGUGGAGAUUCAAAGUCAAUACAUUAUUAGAGGGUUUACAAAAGCCCACAAUCCAACAGAUUCAGCAGCAUUUAAAAGAGGGUCUGGCUAUGAACAUUCCACCUGAAGAUUACUACAGGAAAAGACUGACAGAAGCGAAGCGCCUUGCCUUGCUAUGGGCAGAACAUGCCAAGAAGGUUGCAGCAGAUUCUGGGGCUGUCAGCUUAGAUAAAGUUUUUGAACUUAUUAUGGAAGGUGAAAGUUUGCCUGUUUACGUUCAGAAGGAAAUUAAGUUACUAAGAACUCGAAGUAUACUUUAUUGCAUUUGUCGAAAGCCGUAUGAUCAGAGAGCAAUGAUUGCUUGUGAUCAAUGUGAUGAAUGGUACCAUUUUGAUUGCAUUAAAUUGCUAUCCUCACCAAAGGUCUACAUCUGUCCUGCAUGUAAUCCUCAAACAGAAGACUUAUCUACAACACCAUCAGUGGGUCAUGAUCGAUCAAUCUGUGCCAGAUUGGCAGAGCCUGAAACUCCUCCUAAACACAUGAGGUUGAUAAAGAAAACAAUAAAAGCUGAGUCUAGUCUAAGGGAAAAGAUCCUGCCAAUUACAGAUCAUAAUAAUAGUUCGGGCGUUGGGAUUGAACGGUUAAGGUGGCGAAAUCGGAAGCCUUUCAGAAGAGCAGCUAAAAAACGUGCUGAGGUUACUAGUCUCUCUCCAUUUUUCCAUACACAACAAUAAAAAUGGAAAUAGAUAGGUAUCAAUUAUUUAAUUUAUUCAAUUGAUUCUUAUGAUUUUAGCUCAAUUAUCUGUUUUCAGCCCCUUACGGAAUAGUGAGGGUACUUUCUUAUUUAUACGCGCUCAUCUGCGCGUGAAAAUUUUGAGAUCCUACAGUUUGAAAAUUAAAUUAUGCCACCUUUUCUAGUA